AUGAAAUCUUGAAUAAUCUGAUGUACAGUCCAAAGGUCUCCCAGAGUGGAUCUUGGAAGGUUGAACUGCGCGCGUUACGACAAAACGUGCGCAGAAAUAACCAAAGAUUAAAUACGCAAAAUUUCAGUUUUUACCUCAUAUGCUUUUUGUAAACGUUUUUUAUAGCCAUAACUCUUUAAAAUGUUGUCUAAGAGAAGCUUGAGGGUUUUAAAAUGGGGGAGAUGUGAGGCGGCUUACGCGGCGGCGUACCCCAAGGUUCCUGACUGGGUUCUCAACUUUUCCCCGCUGCCUUCCCUUUCUUCUCCCCAUAGGGAUUUUUCUGCUUUCCCGGCGGCCCAAAGCGAGCAUAUGCAGCAGAAGAUGUCUGAAAAUGGAGCGAUACCCCGGCAGGGGAAAGUGCUGACUGUUGACACCAUGAACGCGAACGUGAAGAAAGUGGACUACGCGGUGCGGGGACCAAUCGUCCAGCGAGCCGUGCAGAUCGAGAAGGAACUCAAAGAGGGGGUCAAGAAGCCCUUCGAUGAGGUCAUUAAAGCAAAUAUCGGAGACGCUCACGCUAUGGGACAACGGCCAAUCACCUUCUUCCGACAGGUGAUGGCGCUGUGUACUUAUCCACAGCUACUUGAUGACAACAAGUUUCCAGAGGAUGCCAAAAACAGAGCCAGGCGUAUUUUGCAAUCGUGUGGAGGGAAUAGCAUCGGUGCUUACACAACCAGUCAGGGCAUCGACUGUGUGCGGCAGGAUGUGGCCAAAUACAUCGAGCGGCGGGACGGCGGCAUCCCGUCUGAUCCGGACAACAUCUACCUCACCACAGGAGCCAGCGAUGGCAUCGUGACCAUUCUGAAGUUGCUGACUGCUGGAGAAGGUCUUACACGCACAGGAGUAAUGAUCUCUAUCCCUCAGUAUCCUCUGUACUCGGCAUCUAUAGCAGAGCUGGGGGCCGUUCAGAUCAAUUAUUACCUGAAUGAGGAGAAGUGCUGGAGUCUGGACAUCAGUGAACUGCAGCGCUCUCUACAGGCGGCCAGAAAACACUGCAACCCUCGAGUCCUGUGCAUCAUCAACCCAGGAAACCCCACCGGUCAGGUACAAAGCAGACAGUGUAUUGAAGAUGUAAUCCAAUUUGCUGCCAAAGAAAACCUCUUCCUAAUGGCUGAUGAGGUCUAUCAGGACAAUGUGUACGCCAAGGGCUGUGAGUUUCACUCCUUUAAGAAAGUGCUGUUUGAGAUGGGUCCCGAGUACUCCAAAAAAGUAGAGCUGGCAUCAUUUCACUCCACUUCCAAGUGCUACAUGGGAGAGUGUGGUUUUCGAGGCGGAUACAUGGAGGUUAUCAACAUGGAUGCGGAUGUGAAAGCUCAGCUCACUAAGCUAGUGUCGGUGCGCUUGUGUCCUCCUGCGCCUGGACAAGCCCUCAUGGACCUGGUGGUCAACCCUCCUCAGCCAGGAGAACCGUCCCACCAGACCUUCAUGCAGGAGCGGACGGCUGUUCUCAGUGCCUUGGCUGAAAAAGCCAAACUGACGGAGCAGAUUUUGAACACAGUGCCAGGCAUCAGCUGUAACCCAGUGCAGGGAGCCAUGUACUCUUUCCCCCGAAUCACCCUGCCUGAGCGCGCCAUCAGCGAAGCCAAGGCGAAGGGUCAGGCUCCAGACAUGUUCUACUGCAUGAAACUGCUGGAAGAGACCGGCAUCUGUCUCGUUCCUGGAAGUGGUUUCGGUCAACGGGAAGGCACUUAUCACUUCAGGAUGACCAUUCUUCCUCCAACAGACAAACUCAAGCUGAUGCUCAACAAACUGAAGGACUUCCAUCAGAGAUUCACCCAGCAGUAUUCCUGACCCCGAUCAUCUUGACUAGUUUAAGAUCUCCUGCCGCCACCGGCUGACCAAGCGUGCCACAUUUCUCAAUGAUCGGUCUGAAUGUGGCCAAAUAAUCACUCGAGGCCUUGAUGGACACUAAUCUGCACAUUUGCCAAUGGAUAAUUGUACGCCUUCUAGCUAAAGACGAAUGUCUAUUAAUGUCCACCUUUUUCCGCAAACGACGACUUCCAGUUUGUAAUCAAGAAUUGAAACAAAUCACUUCAGAUAAUAAUGUUAUGCUAGAAAUAAUCAAUAUGCGUAGUUAGAAGUGAGAGUCACGCUUUAUUUUUAGCCAUUAAGGUCUUUUAACGUGGCAUUAGUAUCUUAAAGAACUGGAAGUUGCUGAAUAUUGAGUAGUGGGCGGGGCUUUCUUAUUGCACAUCAUUUUCUCAUAGCAAACUAACGAUAAGGGGGCGUGGCUAAGAAUACUGCCAUCAAACUGACAUCAUCAGAGAAUGACCGCCUCUCCAAGCGCAGAAGCAAACUGUCAGAUUUGAUUGAAGAUUACCAAAACUCAUAUAUGUUCGCCUAAAGAAUAACAAUGUGCACUGGCAAAAUAAACACUGCAAAUUUUGAUUUCACACAGACUUUAAGCAUAUUUGUGGUCAAAAAUGUCAAAAGUAUCUAUUUUUUGUUCCUUCAGGUAAUUUUCUCAUUAUAUUCCCUCUACAGUACAGUAAUAUUCAAUAUAUUUCUGUAAUAGUGUGAAUAUUCACAGUUGAUUCUUAUAACUCGAUGGAUGAACUGAGGAAAAUAAAGACAUCUGAUUGUAUACUGUUUUUUAUAUAAUGCGAUUGUUUAGAGUUGACAAAACUACCCACAUAAUUAACGCAAAGCAUCAUGGUGUUUGGGAAGAAGGUGGAUAAAACUAUUGUUGUGGACUUGAUUUUAAAUACUGUGAAGAUUUAUAGUAAAUACUAUAGUGUUUCUGUACAAUACUAUAGUAAAUUGCUUGAAAUAAUCUGGUACAAUUGCUAUGGUAAUACAACAACUAGUAAUAUAAACAAAUUAGCCAAUUUGUUACAUUAUUUUCAGACUAAAUAGUAUACUACAGUAUUUAUUACAGUUUACCAGUUAACUAUACCCACAUAUAGGGCUGGGCGAUAUGGCAAAAAUGCAGUCUUGAUAAUUAUUAUCCAUAUUGAACGCUAACGAAAUCCAUUCAUUAAUUUUCUUGUCUGCUCAGUCCCUUUAUUAAUCCAGGAUCGCCACAGCGGAAUGAACCACCAACUUAUCCAGCAAAUUUUUAUGCAGCGGAUGCCCUUCUAGCUGCAACCCAUCUCUAGGAAACAUCCACAUAUACAUUUACACACUACAGACAAUUUAGCUUACCCAGUUCACCUGUACCGCAUGUGUUUGGACUGUGGGGGAAACCCGAGCACCCGGCGGAAACCCACGCAAAGGCAGGGAGAACAUGCAAGCUCCACACAGAAACUCCAACUGAGCCUGAGUUCGAACCAGCAACCUUCCUGCUGUGAGGCGACAGCACUACCUACUGCGCCACUGCGUCGACCACGUUAACAAAAUAUAUUUCGAUAUGAGUUGUUAAUGCUUCCAAAUUUAAAAGAGUACCCCAACAAUUACUGAAGCCACUAAAAUUAGAGGGUCCAUUAAAUGGCAUAACGUUUUUUCGGUUGAUAAAUUUCCGGUGGCUAAAAAUUCGAUACAUGUCUAAUAUCAACAUGCUUUAAGAUUCCUAUUGUCGCACAUUUCUGCUGUGUGAUUGGCUCUUAGAUCGGUAUAGAGUAAAAAGUUCAGAGCUUAUCAUUGUUAUAGACGUAAAUUUUAGCGCGAUUCGAUGUAAUAUCGUUUAUCGGCCCAGUCCUACUCGCAUAACAUAAUGUAUCUGGCCCAGAUCUGGCCCACACAAUUUGCUUUUGCUUGGCCCACCUGCUGCAGUGAAAAACGGUAAAUGAUAGGACCAAGUCUGGCUUCCAUAUAAGUGCCAAACAUGGACCAUAUCUUGGCCAAGUUAAUAACCCAUAAUUGGGCCAGAUAUGUUGGUGUGUCAUGGUAGAAUUUUUUCUUUACUCAGAAAUAAUUGAAAUGUAUGUUAAAAGUGGGUGAAGAUAGGCCAAACUUACGUGGCCCACAUAUAUUUUUUUUAACAUCUGAGCCAAAUACUACAUUUGAUCUGGCCCAAGUCUUAUGUGCCUCCUUAAAGCUGGUACCUCUGCCCAAACCUGGGCCAUGUUUGGCUCACAUGCUGUAUGCCAGUGUCGGACAAAUGCCUGCCCAUGUAGCAAAAUCUCUCUGGCCCAGAUCUGGCCCCCACAAUCAGCUUUUGCUUGGCCCACAUGCUGCAGUAAGUUACGGAACAUGAUUGGACCAAGUCUGGCUUUCAUAUAAAGGCCAAACAUGGACCAUAUCUGGGCCAAGUCUUAGCUAAGUUAAUAACACAUAAUUGGGCCAUAUAUGUUGCUCUGUCAUGGAAGAAUUUUUUUUCUGUACUCAGAAAUAAUUGAAAUGUAUUUUAAGAGUGGGUCAAGAUAGGCCAAACUUACGUGGCCCACAUAUACAUUUUUUUUUUUUACAUAUGAGCCAAAUACUAUAUUUGAUCUGGCCCAAGUGCCUCUUUAAAGAUGGGACCUCUGCCAAACCCAGGCCAUGUUUGGCCCACAUGCUGUAUGCAGCAUCGGAAAAAUGCCUGCCCAUAUUGCAAAAUCUCUCUGGCCCAAAUCUGGCCCCCACAAUCAGCUUUUGCUUGACCCACAAGCUGCAGUGAAUUGCGGUACAUGAUUGGACCAAGUCUGACUUCCAUAUAAAGGCCAAACAUGUACCAUAUCUGGGCCACGUCUCAGCCAAAGUAAUAAGCCAUAAUUGGGCCAGAUAUGUUGCUGUCAUGGUAGAAUUUACUCAAAAAUAAUUGAAAUGCAUUUUAAAAGUUGGUAAAGAUAGGCCAAACCUACGUGGCCCACAUAUAAAUUUUUACAUCUGGGCCAAAUACUACAUUUGAUCUGGCCCAAGUCUUUUGUGCUGCCUUAAAGAUGGUACCUCUGCCAAACCCAGGCCAUGUUUGGCCCCCAUGCUGUAUGCCAGUGCAUAAUGAAUGCCUGCUGUGCCAGCUUUAUGCAAAGUCAAAGCCGGAAUUUUUGCUACCUGGGUAGUUAUGCUGUAACUGCUAUAAAUACUACUAAAAAUAGGCCAUAUACUGUAAAAGCAUAAAACACUUUACUAUAGUACUUACUGUAAAUGAAUAUAGUAUUUUUUCAUGUGGGCUUUUUUCUUUCUUUACAUCCCAAAUGUCUUGAUGUUGGGUAAAGUUGUUUUAAAAUGAAUUAUUACUUCACUUUACAUCAAAAAAGUAACUCAGUGUGUUACUUUUAAGGUAAUUAUAUGUAAAAUUGUUAUGUUAUACUGAUUUUUUAUUAAUAAAGAGGCUUAAAAUUGAUAUAUAUAUUACUAUUAAAAGUAACGUUACUGCAUUACAGUGUGUAUGAACGUGCAAUGUACGUCAAUGUGUACAAAUAGUCAAAUGAAAACAAUGGGCAUUCACGUGGCUUGAUUUCGCGCUGUUUUGACCCUUAGGGCUUUUUGGUUGUAUUAUAAAAGACGAUAAAACAUCAUUCAUGUAUGUGUGUAAAUAACUGAUUGAUUAUAUGGCUGAUAUAAAGCGUGUAGUAGAUGAA